AUGACAGCACAGUAUUUCCGGACCACGGCCCUGGGCACGAUUGUCAGGUUAGCAACAAGAAAUCGAUUCCUCGCAUUGAAGAGCUACAAAUAUGAGUAUCCCGAGGAAGCAAGCAGCGAAUCCUCACACUCCAAUCCUCAGAUCGAGGAUGGUUGCAUACUUGUUGGAUGGAAAUCAGACGAUGAUCCCGAGAAUCCUCACAAUUGGUCUACGAUGAGGAAGACUGCGGUGGCCGCCUUGAUCUGCUUAUACACUUUUACCAUCUAUUGCGGGUCGUCGAUUUACGUUCCAAGCGUCGGACAAGUCAUGCAAGAGUUCGACGUCACAGAAACAGCCGCGUCGCUAGGUCUCGCUCUCUACGUUCUCGGAUAUGGAUUUGGGCCGCUUCUUUUUUCUCCGCUCAGCGAAAUCCCCUACAUCGGCCGUAACCCGAUCUACAUUAUUACUUUUGCCAUCUUCAAUCUUCUCUGUAUUGGAGCGGCAUUGACAGAGAGCUUUGCCGGAUUCCUUGUCAUUCGUUUCCUGCAAGGCUUCUUUGGAAGCCCAUGCCUCGCCACUGGCGCUGCGAGCCUCACCGACAUGCGAUUCAAAGCACUCGGAUCAUAUGAUAUCCCCGAGACCUUCUUACGCCCUGGGCUGCUUGGUGUCUUUGGUGCGCCAAUUGGCAUGUUCUUAUUUGGCUGGGGCGCUAGAGAGUCAAUUCCCUGGGAGGUGCCAACGAUGGGUAUUGUCAUUUACUGCGGCUUCUCAUUUGUUGUGGGCUCUGGGAUCUUCAUCUAUCUCCCAUUGGGAUAUCCUCAUUACGCGGCUAGUCUUUUCGCCGCCAAUGAUGCUUUGAGAAGUUCGUUUGCCGCAGCUGCUAUCCUGUUUGGUAGGCCUCUCUACCUGAACCUGGGAAUCGGGAAAGGCUGUAGUCUAUUGGGCGGUUUGAGCAUACUUGGUAUUGUUGGGUUCUGGUAUCUCUUCCGCUAUGGAGAUCAAUUGCGAAAGCGAAGCAAGUUCACAACCGAACAGUAG